AUGAAGCUCACAUUCAAGGAUCUGAAGCAGGAAAAGUUCGUGAUCGAUGUCGAGCCAUCUGAAACUGUUCGAGAAGUCAAGGCAAAGAUUGCUCAGGAGAAGGGCGAAUAUGAUGCGGAGCGAAUGAAGGUCAUCUACUCUGGCAAGAUUUUGCAGGACGACAAGACGGUCGAGUCCUAUAGCAUCCAAGAGAAGGAUUUCCUGGUCUGCUUGCCUGCCAAGGGACCGAAGCCCGCCGCCUCUGCCUCUCGGGCUCCCUCCACUCCGGCUGCCAGAGCCCCCGCGUCGACCCCCGCUGCCCCUGCCCCUGCUGCUCCUGCCCCUGCCCCAGCUUCGACUCAAGCUGUUCCUGCGACGCCGACCCCGGCUGGCGCCGGCGACCAGGCCGCUUUCAACGACCCCUCCGCGUUGACUAUGGGCACCGAUGCCGAGAGUGCAAUCAGCCAGAUGGAGACCAUGGGAUUCGCCAGAGCCGAUGCUGAGCGUGCUAUGAGAGCUGCAUUCUUCAACCCGGACCGUGCGAUUGAAUAUCUUCUCACUGGUAUCCCCGAACAACCCGCUCGGGAGCCACAACAACAGCAGCAGCCCCAGGCACACGGCUCCCCCUCUGAAGCCGAUGAUGACGGUGCUGCUGCUGCCGCCGCCGCCGCCGCGCUGGGUGAAGAUGGCGGUUUCAACAUGUUUGAAGCCGCUGCUCAGGCCGGUGAGGGUGGCGGCCGCGGUGGUGGUCGUGGAGGUGAGCCUCUUGGUAACCUGGACUUCCUGCGCAGCAACCCCCACUUCCAGCAGCUCCGUCAGCUCGUCCAGCAGCAACCCCACAUGUUGGAGCCCAUUCUGCAACAGGUUGCAGCUGGUAACCCCCAGAUUGCCGCGAUGAUCGGACAGAACUCGGAGCAGUUCCUGCAGCUGUUGAGUGAGGAUCUCGGUGAGGACGAGGAGGGCCAGCUGCCCCCGGGCACGCAAGCCAUCUCAGUCACAGAGGAGGAGCGGGACGCGAUCGAGCGUCUGUGCCGUCUAGGCUUCCCCCGGGACUCCGUUAUCCAAGCAUACUUCGCUUGCGAUAAGAACGAAGAGCUCGCCGCCAAUUUCCUCUUCGACCAGCCCGACGACGACGAGGAGUAA